UUCAUUUUUAUGCAUAGUACUACAAACCACCUUUUUCAGAGUCCAUCCCUGAAUUUUUUUUUUUUAAUGCACAAAAAUGUGUGACAAACCCAAGAAAAGGCUAACGGUAAAGGGCAAAAAUGGUACUUGACGUCAAAGAAGGGACAUCAAAGCAAGGACAAUAAAGUAAAUUGAAAUUUGUCUUCCCCAUUCAUUAUUCUUCUCCUUCUUCAAUCUCCCAAAGACUGCUCAUAACCAGCCCAGUGUUUUCUGUUGAUCGUUACUUUCUCUCUCUCUCUCUCUCUCUCCGCCAUUAUCAAAGCUCCACAACAACCAUUAUAUAUACAUCAAAUCUGCCUCCAUUAAUUCCUUAUUCAAUUCCUCCUCCCAUACUUUCUUACCUGCAAUAUUUUCACCCUCCAAGGCCUUUAUUUAUUUUUUUGGUUUUGGAUAAAAGAAAAAAGUCUUGAUACAGUAGAAUCAAUCAAGCCUCCAAACUUCAAUCCCUUUUUUUUUUUUUUUCCUGAUCGAAUAAACCAAUGAAGAAGCAAAAAAUGUCAGUCCCUGUUGAAGAAGAACUCAACCAUUUUGAGCUGCUUUCUGAAGAGAUCAUCUUCACAAUUCUCGAUUAUCUCAGCGGCAACCCAUUUGACAAAAAAUCGUUUUCGCUUGUCUGCAAGUCAUUCUACGCCGUAGAAUCCAGACACAGGCGGACCCUGAAGCCCCUUCGGUCCGAACACUUAACCAAGAUUCUCAAUCGAUACCCUUUUGUCACUAAGCUCGAUCUUUCCCUCUGUCCACGAAUCACAGACGCUUCCCUCUCCAUGAUUUCCAGUAACCCCUCUUCCAACAGAAUGCUGAGGUCCAUUGAUCUUUCCAGGUCCAAGUUCUUCUCUCAUCAGGGUUUGUCGGGUUUGGUGAUGAACUGUGGAAAUUUGGUAGAAAUUAAUUUGUCUAAUUCGACUGAGCUGAGGGAUUUGGGUGUCUCUGCUUUGGCUGAGGCUAAGAAUUUGGAGAGACUUUGGUUGGUGAGGUGCAAAUUGAUUACGGAUAUUGGUAUUGGGUGUAUUGCGGUUGGGUGUAAGAAGCUGAGGUUGCUCAGCUUGAAAUGGUGUUUGGGAGUUGGUGAUUUAGGGGUUGGUUUGAUUGCUGUUAAGUGUAAAGAGAUUCGUUGUUUGGAUCUCUCAUACUUGCCGAUCACCAACAAGUGUUUGCCAUCUAUCUUGAAGCUGCAACAUCUUGAAGAGUUGGCUCUAGAAGGGUGCUAUGGCAUUGACGACGACAGCCUUGCUGCCCUCAAACAAGGAUGCAAGUCACUCGAGACACUAGACAUGUCGAGCUGUCAGAACGUUAGUCAUGUUGGCUUGUCUGGUUUAACCAGCAGCACUGGAUGUCUUCGGCAACUUAUAUUAGCUUAUGGAUCCCCUGUUACUCUUGCUCUCGCUGACAGUUUGCAGAAACUCUCAAUGCUGGAAUCCAUCAAACUAGAUGGCUGUCAGGUUACAUGCUCUGGACUGAAAGCAAUUGGAAACUGGUGUGUCUCGUUGAGGGAGCUGAGCUUGAGUAAAUGCCUUGGAGUGACAGAUGAAGGCCUGUCAUCCCUUGUUACGAAACACAGGGAACUAAGAAAGCUUGACAUCACUUGUUGCCGGAAGAUAACUCAUGUUUCUAUUGCCCACAUUACGAAUGUGUGCACUUCUCUUACUUCCCUUAAGAUGGAAUCCUGCACUAUGGUUCCUGCAGAAGCAUUUGUUUUGAUUGGACAGCGAUGCCACCUUAUUGAGGAACUUGACCUUACAGAUAAUGAAAUAGACAAUGAAGGCCUAAAAUCCAUCUCAAGAUGUUCCAAACUUUCUGUCUUGAAGUUGGGUAUCUGUUUAAAUUUGACGGAUGAGGGACUGAUCCAUAUUGGCAUGUGCUGUUCAAAGCUUAAGGAGGUUGACUUGUAUAGGUCCGCUGGGAUUACUGAUUCCGCCAUUUUAGCAAUCGCCCGCGGCUGUCCUGGGCUUGAAAUGAUAAAUGUAGCGUAUUGCAAAGAUAUUACUGACCAAUCCUUGACAUCGUUGUCAAAAUGUUCAAAGCUAAGCACGUUUGAAGCUCGAGGAUGUCCUCUUAUUACGUCAUCUGGGUUAGCAGCCAUUGCUGUGGGAUGCAAGCAGCUCAGUAGGCUUGAUAUCAAGAAGUGCCACAACAUUGAUGAUGCGGGAAUGAUUCCGCUUGCCCACUUCUCUCAAAAUCUUAGACAGAUAAAUCUGUCGUACACUUCGAUCACGGAUGUGGGACUGUUGUCUCUUGCCAGUCUCAGUUGUCUGCAGAGUAUAACCAUGCUACACCUGAAGGGUUUGACCCCCAGUGGACUUGCAGCUGCACUGUUGGCGUGUGGAGGAUUAACCAAAGUGAAGCUACAGGUGUCCUUUAAAUCUAUGUUGCCACAACUGCUUUUCAAGCAUUUAGAAGCCCGCGGAUGUCACUUCCAGUGGAGGGACAAAGUGUUUCAGGCUGAGUUAGACCCGAAGUGUUGGAAGUUGCAGUUGACUGAUGUGGAAUGAUAUGAAUAACCCGGGCUCUGCUUUGAGUGAACUAUGACUGGAAAGACAUGAAUUGACCAUUGAUCGUUCUGUGUCUCGGAUUCCAGUUAUGAACAAGCAGCACCAUAGGCUCAAUACCUACUUUUUCUUUGACAGGAGUUGUCUUGGAAAAAAACAGAGAGAAUGUUCAUAAAGUGUAAUAGUUAAUCAAAGAAGCUUUGUAGAUGAAGAGUAUUCCCGUUCCCGAGUUUCCCUUAUCAGUGUUGCCACCCACUAAACCUGUCGGAUUCUGGCAACUUGACCUGAAUCUUCUGGCUUCUGCUCGGCGCACAAAAUCAGUAGCCUAAGAAAUUAAUUUCAUCAGUUCUGCAAAGUUCAAACACAUUCCACCUGGGCCUUUUUAGGACUAAGUGGGCUAAUUCUUCAAACAAAAUGUUCUAGUAGAAUAUGUCCUUUAAACCCAGCGAGUUGGACCUAUAUCCAUAGUUUUCUUCUUCAUUGAAAAUGUCAAUUAUUAUUGAGUAUGAAAAUCGAUGAAAUCGUGGAGCGUGUACUUUUUUAUCAUUGUGCGAGGGAAAAAAUUGAUAGUAAAAGAAAGUUAAACCUAACUUUGAUUGAGGAAAUAUAGAAGAGGGGGAAAGAUCACGCCACCUCCCUAACCUACAUGGGAAGUUUCUCUUACGUCUAACAUGGGAAACUGGUUGCAUCAUCAUGUAAUAGAAAUUAUAAAAUUAUAAUCACAAAUUGACCCCUAAUUAAAGCAAUAGCUACAU